GAUCAUGAGCUCCCCCUGCAGGCACAGAUCGGUGUAACACAGCUGUUGAUCAUUAAAGAUCAGCAGAGAGAGAGAGAGAGAGAGAGAGAGAAAGAGAGCAUCACGUCUGACUGCAAAUAAAUUUAAGAGUAACAUAAAAAUAUUAUUCUACAGCGAUGACGCGGAUCCACACGGAGCUGAGCGUGCUCCUCGUGCUGCUGCUCGGCCUCACGUGCCACAGGGUUGAAGGACUCUGCAGCGUUGAACACUGCACCAACCAAACAACAUGUGUCCUGACCAAAGACCAUCGACGCUGCAAAUGCACUGUGGGAUAUUAUGGAGACCUGUGUGACAAAAGCGCACAAAUCACAGUGAUGUGUGGCAGAGACUACAUUUCAGUCAGAGCCAUAGAAGAUUUCUUCAAGUACUACAACGUGCCGCUGGAGUCUCUGCACUUACCCAACAAAACAUGUCGUGUUCGGAAGGAGGAGAUCGAUGGCGUGUCGUACUUCAUGUCCUCUAUAUCCAAAGAGCAGUAUUUGACGUGUGGAGGCAAACCGCUGGAGAAAAACAUUACUCACAUCUCGUACUCCCUGAGUCUGCUAACGGACCCUCAGGUUAUAGGAAAUAUCAUCAGAGAUCCCGUCAUUAAGAUCAUCUACACGUGUGUCUUCCCAUACGUCAGAAGCGUCAGUCUGCCUUUCCCAGUCGUUCCAUUUUCCAGUGAGAUGGUCGUGCGUGCAGAUGAACUCGAUGCUGUGAUCCAGAUGAUGCUCUACACAGACCACACAUACACACAGGCUUUCAGCAGCGCCCCCACCAUUGAACUCCGAGACAAGGUCUACGUGCAGGUGGCAGUGACGGAGCCGGCAGACUUUUUCCUGCUCCGCAUCAACGAGUGUUGGGCCACACAGUCUCCCCAGCCCAACUCAACAGAGGGAUCAGCUUACACGCUGCUCCAGAACGGGUGCGUGAACGACCAAACUGUCUCUUUUCUCAAUGUGAGCAAGGGAGAGUCUGGCAGAAAUGGAGAGAGUUCCACCAUCCGCUACAGCUUCGACAUGUUUCGCUUCACAGCAGAACCAAACAGCUUCUACCUUCACUGCUCCGUACAGCUGUGUGAGGCCGAGGACCACCAGUCCUGUAUACCUAGCUGUAAUUCGAUCAGUAAGAGAGAAGCAGCGAGGGCAGACCCCAUCCAGGGUCUCCUGUCAUAUGGACCAAUCAGAAUAGAAAUGCCAGAUCGACCUCAAACCAGCAUACUGUCGACAGUGGUGCUGCCUGUAGCAGGAGUCUGGACUGUGGGCGUCUUCCUCAUCAUGGUCAUCACUGUGGCAAAGGCCGGCAGCCGGAGGCUCAAACAAGUGGAGGAGCACUGAUGACAAAAUGCUGCUGUUGCAGCUUGAAAAAUAAAACUGCAAAAACUUAAUUUAUUGAUCUCCUGAUAUGUGAAUGCAAAAAAUUUAAAUUAUUAAAAACAUAAAAAUUUCAAACUGAA